UAUUUUAUCGGAGUUAUAAGCGCCAUCAGGGACAACCUCAGUGGCAGUUUAGUUCAGAUUAACUUCCAGUACAUUGACUGAAGAGAAAUGUUCGGUUUGCUAAUUUUCUUCGUAAUCUUUUCUGAUUUUGGUGAUUGUAUGUUUUACAAAUCGAAUGUCACAGAUUUAUCCAAAUGCAAUGUGUCCUACUCACGUACUGGCAGCACCUAUAAAGACUUCUACCCGAUCUACACCAAAAAAUCCGGACUAUUCUUGGACUUCCAUUUUGCUGUUCUUGCCCAAAGUGACGCCCACAUUCUACUGGCAGAAUCAGAAAAUAUCAAUAAGAGUGACCCUGCAUAUGAAAUCGUUAUCGGAGCGGGAGGAAACACUUUUUCAGAUAUCAGGCGUAUGCAAAAAUCCGAUGUGAGACACUCGGUUCGAAUCAAGAACCUUUUAUCGGCUCUGGAUCCGCAGUUCUUUUGGCUCCAUAUUGUCCGAAAUGGUACCGGGGGACAGCUUGAGGUCGGGAGAGAGGGCGAAAAUAAGUCAUUUAUAGACUGGUACGAUGACCAACUUUUACCGGUGAAAUACAUCAGUUUUAGUACCUGGAAUGGCAUCGAAGCCAAGUGGUAUUUUAACUGUGACCGCAGUGAGGAUGAAGAAGAAAUUGCCAAAAGGAUCAGUCCAUUACAGAAACUUAGGCGUGACUUACUAAAAUUAUAUGAUCCAAUGGUAAGUCCUACCAAAAACUCGACCGACGUCUACAUGGCUCUGGAUCUGCAACAUUUGGACCUGGAUGACUAUAAGUCCUUGGUUGAACUGCGUGGGACCGCUCUAAUGAGGUGGAUCGAUGAGAAGCUGCAAUGGAACCCUAGAGACUACAAUAAUAUUAGUGUUAUCCAUAUGGGAAAAAAUGAAAUUUGGAAACCUGAGUUUAAGUCUGGAAGUGUAACCCAAAUCCUUUUUCAAGACUCACUACUCGAAGUGACUCAUACAGGUAACAUUACCUGGCAACCCUCGAUACACGUGCAGGAACCAUGUUUAAACUCCCAAAUAAUUCACUGGCCUCGAGAUAUCCAUCGUUGCUUCGUCGUCUUUACUCUAGCACCUGAACUACAAAAUGUUUCCUUACAAUGGAUGGAUAAUGGCAGCAGCUUGCACCAACACGAUGAUUCCCAAUGGGUUAUCUUGGAUGCUGCCGUUUACCAUUUUGAUAACAACGAUUCCGAUGAACUUUUAAGGGCGUUUGAGUUGUUUUUCGAAAUCCAACGAUCCUCGGUUAUUUAUAAUAUAGUGUUCUUCCUCCCCUUUAUUGUAAUUGCCAUAUGUUUGCUGCUAUCAUUUUGGAUCCCCCCCAACAAACCUAUGAAGCUCUCACUAGGUGGCGCCCAGUUAGUUAUGGAAAUCAUCAUGUUACUAUCUCUGGCUCAUUUCCUUCCACCUGGAUCCGGUGAUGUCCCCAUAUUAGUGAUCAUUUACAGCUGCUGCCUCCUAGGGACCAUUUUAUCAUUAACUAUGGCGGUGGUAAUAAUUAACUUAUCCAGGCAGCAACAAGUGAGACCACUGCACAGGGUCAUUUGCUUUAUAGUGACCUCCAAAGUUAUUAGGAGAGUUUUAUGCUUACCAGCCAUAUCAAUGCCAGAAGAUUAUGGCGGUUUGGGCGUGUCACUGUCGUUCGCCAAUUUGGCUCCAGGGGAGGAACGCGCAACUCCCAGUCCUGAACAAAAAGGCGACGACUGGAAUGAGGAAGUUUCCAGGAAUAAUUCCGCUUUUUGGAUUAUGUUUUUGAUUGCCCUUGAUAGGGUGAUGUUUCUGAUUUGUACCAUCAUAGUACUUUUUGUUGUAAUUAAGUGUAUAACGUUAGGAAUUUAAAUAAAUCAAUUAAACGAG